AUGAACGCCGACUACUUCACCGUGGGAGUGCGUACCGGAACUUCCGGCUUAGGUGGUAUUUCCUUGCUGAUGAUUCACAGAGACUUCCCGGGCGUACAGCUGAAGCGGCUGGCCACACAAGGCUGGCUUUGCAGCAGCACCACCCUGGUAGCUCUUAAUGACGUGCGUGUGCCGAUCGAGAAUCUUCUGGGCCAAGAAAACCAAGGCUUUCUCCCCAUCAUGCUCAACUUCAACAAUGAGCGGUUCAGCAUGGCCGUCUCAGCAUGUCGGAUGUCACGGUGCUGUCUGGAAGAUGCCAUCAGGUAUGCGCGUGCUCGGAAGACGUUUGGGAAGCCCCUCAUCGGACACCAGGUCAUCCGGCAUAAGCUGUCCGAGAUGGCGCGGCUGGUACUGGCCACACAUUCGCUACUGAUGGAAGUCUCCCGCGCCUGGCACUCCAACGACUCUGCGCAGCGUGUGGCUGGGCAGGUUGCACUUGUCAAAGUGCAGGCAUCCCGCACGCUG